GCACUUGGACUUGCACACUAUAUACUCGAUGGCCUAUUACGGUGGCAUUGAAGGCGGAACUACUGGCUCUCGAAUGGUACUUCUGAAUGCUGAAGGCGCGCAGGUCGGCUACUCAGAAGGUCCGCAUACAAAUUAUUGGCACAUAGGAAUGCAAGAGGCAGCAAGACGUGUUGUGAUGCUUACGGAGGACGCAUUGGUUAGCGCUGGUCUGCCAAAGGAUACCAAACUGAAAUCGUUGGGACUAGCUCUGAGCGGCGUGAACACAGAGCUCAAUCAAUGGCAAAUCACCGAUGCUGUCCGCUCUGUGGCACCAAAUAUUGCCGACAAGAUAUACGCAUGCAACGACGCCGUGGGAGCCCUGGUUACUGCAACUGAUGGAGACGCAAUGGUGUUGAUAUCUGGCACUGGUUCAAUCUGUGCAUUGAUUCGGAAAGACAUGACCCUAAUUCGCAUUGGGGGGCUGGGUUACCUUCUCGGUGAUGAGGGAUCAGCUUUUUGGGUCGCACACCAGGCUAUCAUGUCUUAUAUAAAAGUGACAGAAGGGUUUCAUCAUGUACGACAUAGCAUGAUACGGUUAGCCGAAGCGAUUCGCAUGCAUUUCAAAAUCAGGCGACACGACGAAUUAUUGGCCCACUUCAACGAGAAUAUCGACAAAACCUAUAUAGCGCAGUUAUGCUACCCGCUUGCUCAAGCCGCUCACGAAGGAGACCAAUACUGCAUAAAACUCUUCUACAAUGCCGGAGUUCAUUUGGGAAGACAUGUGUCGGCAGCCGUACGUCACGCCGAUAAGGAGGGUCUUAUUGGACCAGAGGGCAUUGAUGUAGUGUGUUGUGGGUCCGUCUUCAAAAGCUGGAGUUUGCUGGAAGCGGGUUUCUACGCUGGUUUGAAACCCAAACACCGUAACGACUGUCGACGUGGCCGCAUAAUCCUUCGUCUCUUACAAAAGACAGCUGCUAUCGGUGCGACUAUUUUGGCCGCCAGGUUAGAACUGGGUGUUAACCUUCCGCGGCCCGAUAACGUGACCAAUGUGCUUUGUGAAAUCGAUCUGGAAGAACAGGAUAAACGAAACAAUUAAUGAAACUUGCCUCCGGUCAGUAGAACUAUUACAAGUUUUUCCUACCGUUUCUACGACGAGUGCUCGGUAUUAUGCAUAGUGUAAAGAAACCAAGUCUUUCGACGGUGUACAACUGUAAUUGGUAUUUGUAACUUAUGCACACUUCAAUAUCACUACCUCGAGUUUUUGAAGGCGGACAACAUUUUAUUUGGCGGCACGAAAAUUGCUUUUUUGAUUUUCGCUCACUGCCCUACUUCGUAAAGGUUCAUUAUGAAAUGCAGCCCUCAGUUUGGCAACCAAUGACGAAACAUGAUUCCAUUUGGUUGUAU